AUGUCCUCUCCGCCACAAUCCGAUUCUUCCUCCGCACCGGCACCACCGUCCUCCGCACCGGCACCACCUUCCUCCACCGAAAACUCUUCAAAUGCUUCCGAACUCUUUCCACCGCCACCAGCUCACUCUGCGGAAUUCAUUCCUGACAAGUCUGAGUACGAAUCGGAAGAAGAAGAACGGGAGAACUUGGGAGCGUUUCAGUUCCGAGGAACAUCGUACAGAAUCAAAAAGAUUCUCGGCGAAGGCACAUUUGGAAAGGUUGUUCUCGUUGCUGCGGAGAGUAAAAGAUUGUAUGCUGCAAAGUUCUUUACAAAAGACAAUAAUGAUGCUGAUGGCAACGAUGCAUCGAUAGGAUCGGAGGAGCGUGUCUAUAAGCAUUUGGGAACUUCGGUACAUAAUAGUGUUGCUCAAGUAAUUGGAAUUGAUUAUGUCGAUUGGUCACCCGACGGCUGUAACAAAAAGAUCAUCUUAAUGCCACUUCUUGGGAUAUCGAUCGGAGAUAUGGUGGAACAGGCACAAAAGAUGGAUGUCGAGAACAGAGCAGCGCUCGGAGAAGAUUCGUCAAGCCCAAAAGUAUCUUUUCGAAUCAAAAAGAUCCAGGAAAUCGGCCGAAACGUGUUAAGCGGACUCAAGUUCCUUCUCGAUCAUGGUGUGUAUCAUUUGGAUUUGAAGCCCGACAACGUGAUGUUUAGUGCCCAAAAUACAUUCCGAGUGAUAUUGAACGGAUCAACCCACUCGAUCAUCGCUCCAAAGAGCACGCAAAUCCAGAUUUCGGAUAUGGGUUUGGCAAAAGUGUUUUCGGAUAUGGGAGAAUCGUCUGAAAUCGUUCAGAGUCCAAUGUACAGAGCACCUGAGAUUUUUGCAGGAGGACGUCCCAACAAAUGCUCAGACCUUUGGUCUUUCUGUAUCAUGAUGCUUCAGAUGUAUACAUGCACUGACGAAUACUGGCCUGACCACGCCGAUCAUCCACAAGUGCAGUAUUUCCGAAACCUGCAGCAUGGGAUAGGUCAAAGAAUGACAGCAGAGUUAUGGGAUGAGGUGGCGAAAAUCAAAGGAGGCAAGAAGGUUCGUGGCGCUCUCAAACUUUAUGAUAACGGACAGGCAGAACCAAAUACGCCACCUUUGAUGAGCCUCAAACGUUCAUAUCACGCUGAUCACUUGUUCGAAUUCUUGCAGUACGCUAUGGUUCUUGACUGGAAUGUAAGACCAACGGUUGAAGAACUCCUCAAUCACGAUUUCUUCAAGAAAAACUAG